GGUUAUCUGGAAGUUUCGGUGGACGAAGAUGUCUUCCACAUGUUCGAGCAAGCGGCACUAGAUCAAGGGACAGGGCCUCAAUCUAUCAAGCAGAUUAGAUAUCUGGAGAAUACCGAUCUUCAUUUGGAACAGAUCCAUGUAUACGGAGGAAUGACGUCUGAACUUCCCAUCCUUCCUACGUGGCAGUCGCUCCUGGCAUUAAUCGACUGGUCCCAACCUGCUGAUAAACACCCACCGUUGCCUUUUGAAGAGUACCUCUUGGAUAUUCCUGUAUCUGAACGGAAAAUUUUGCGAGCUGUCUACAAGCCGAUUUCUGCUUCUGGAGCUUUUGGAGCGACGAUGGGCGAUCUGAAGAAAGCUACCGAUCUAACUGCUGAAUCGCUCAGGAAGACUUUGAAAGACUUGAUGAACGCUUGUCAGAUAAUGUGUGUGGGAGUGGAUGAGCAUCGUUGGAUAGUGGCUGAAUAUUCUACUGCAUGGUGUUUGAAUGUUUCAGGAAGACUAGUCACUCCACGUCCGUGGACAAUGCCAUCAGGUGAGAUAUGUCCAGCAACUGUACGAUGGAUGGCUGAGAGUGUUUUGAUGACGGUAGUGACAUCACCUGGAAUCACUUUGAAAGAAAUUUGUUUUCGUCUUGAAUUUGCCUUACAAGCUGCUGCGAUUCAUGAUCUGGUUAUCGUUCUGAAGGAAGCCCAUUGUUUGUUGGAAGUGGUAGAAGUGUUCGAGAACAUGACAUUAUCAUCGCCUUUCCAA